UCAUAUAAGCUCAAGGACCACACAGUGCACUUUAGCAUCAAAACCAUUGCUAGGUUUUGUUUUUAACACCAAGUUCUCGCAUGAAACAAUUGUUCUUAUCUGAAAUCAUGCAUAUACAAUCCUUUUUGUGCAAGCAUCAUAAGGAAUACCAGCUGUUGUAGUUGGCGAACUCUACGAAUGACUAUGGAGGAGUUUUUGUGAAACAAUAGGCAUCCCAAAUGCCAUUUUUAGGAUUUACAAAUACCCAGUUUUGAGCAAAACCAGUCCAGUCGUAGGGGAACGUCCAGAAUGGCUAUAGACGAGCUUCUAAGAAACAGUGGCUUUCUAAUGCACUUUGCUGCUGGUGCCGGUUCAGUUACAUUUUCCACUGCCCUUACAUACCCUUUAGACACCCUUAAAACCCUAAUUCAGAUUGGUGCAGGUGCUAAGCAGCAAUUGGAUAUUUAUCAAGUUUUGGGUAGAGUUCGGUAUGUCUCAGGAAUAACAGGUCUGUAUAGAGGAUUUGGGUGGUUGGCAUUAGGUAGAAUUCCAUCUGUUGGAGUUAGAUUUGGAACCUAUGAACUUUUGACUGCUUUUUAUAAAGAUGGCCGAGAAGACAACCAUGUCUUUGUAUCAGAGGCUCUAUUGGCAGGAUUUGCAGCCGGUGCCCUAGAAUCAAUAGUAAACACGCCAUUCGAGCUUUUUAAGUUUCGCUCGCAGGUGGCAUGUGCUUCUUGGCCGACGUCCAGGUUUGUUGAGGCAAAGAUGAGUACACCAUCAUUAGUUACAAAAUUGCUUCAUGGUUACAUUGCUCAGAAGGGGACAUGGGAUCAAAUAACUGGUCUUUUAUCCACCCUUCCCACCAAGCAUACGAAUGUGACCACUGCUCUCCAAGAGUAUCCAUGGGUAAUGACUGGUUCAGGAAAACCUCCCUCAGUGAGAGAUAUUAAAGGUCCACUGGGCGUCGUCUCCUUAGAAGGAUGGAAUGCACUAUGGAGGGGUCUUCGUCCAGGGAUAUUUCGGGAUUCCAUUUUUGGUGGUUUUUUCUUUUCAACCUGGCAAUUCUUUCACAUUAUCAUGCUUGAUUGGAAGGCCGUCAAUAUGGACCCUUCCCCAAGAUCCGAUGAUGAAGUUGGCCCUAUCUCUCCAUUGGCAGCUAGUCUAGUGGCUGGUUUUUCUGGUUCAAUCGCUGCUGCCGCCUCCCAUGUUUUUGACACUGCUAGAUGUCGAUCACAAUCUAUAGUCAUACCCAAGUAUAUAGCCAUGGAGAGGAAGCUUCUUAAGUGGAAACCAUUGGGUUCUUGGUUCGAGAGGAAAGCGGGGAUCCGGCCCUCAGAUAGGGCGUUCUUGUUGCGUGGACUUUGGUUGCGAGUGGCUCGGAGUGGAGUCUCCUGCUUUGCAAUGGUAGGAGGAUACUACCUCAUAAUCCAACAUCUCUUGUAGUUUCCUCAUUUAUUGUAAUUUGAUCUGUUUCAAAACUCUCUCUGUUGCUCUUUUAACGGCUAGUCUUUCUGAACAUGUUUUAAACUCUUUCUGGGUUGUGUAAAAAAGGGUAAGAGAGAGAAGAGAAUAUGGUCAUGAUGAGAAUGUGCGUAUUAUUUUUGUUGGAAAAAGAUUACUAUUUGACCAGAUUUGGAAUUGUUUGCCAAGUCUUGAGUAUGGUUUAUUUA